AAUGCACCCCUGUUCUUUUCUGAUCAGCUCAUAGAGGGGGGACCUCUCGCCUCUAAAUCACAUUGAUGCAACUGUUAAUGGAGCCAUGCUGUGUGUCUCUCUUCUAAUGCUUUUGCUGGCUCUAAGCCAGGGGUCUGUUUGGUUGGGAGACUUUCAUUUUGCAGAUGAGAGGCAAGAAAAGUUCAUGGGGAGUUUGCACAACUAUCAAGUCGUUCACCCGGUGGAAGUGGAUCAAACAGGGGCUUUGCUGUCGAACCGAGUAACCCAGUUCCUCCACCGCCUGCGAAGGAGAGAUGUCAGCAGCCCAUCGCAGCAGAUUUACUACAAGAUCAGCCACCAAGGGAAAGAUCUGCUGUUCAACUUAACCCUCAAUCGCCUCCUUCUCUCCCCUGGUUACAUCUCCGAGCAAAGGUGGGGGAACCUGACCAGCGGCAGCGUGCAGCCUGUGGGACACAACGCCUGUCAUUUCGUUGGGAGUGUGGUCCACACAGCCCUGGGAGGUGGCAGGGUCGCUCUCAGUGCCUGCAAUGGACUGCGAGGCCUUUUUCGUCUGCCUCAUGGAGACUAUUUCAUCGAGCCCAUUGGCAACCACUCAGGGCAGGAAGAGGAACGACAGGCCCACAUCGUGUACAAGAGGCAUGAUGCACAGCACAACCGCAGGAAACGUUGGAGAGCAGAAUUUCAUCACGGGAGGCUUCCACUCGGGGCACGGGACUCUACCAGCAGUGUCCUGGAACAAGAGAGACAGAGAGAGAAAUGGGAAGAGACCCGGAGAAAAGAACACACUAUCUCCCAGCGGUCAGUCAGCAAAGAGCGAUGGGUGGAAACCUUGGUAGUGGCGGACACCAAGAUGAUUGAAUACCACGGCAGGGAAAACGUGGAAUCGUACAUUUUUACCAUAAUAAAUAUGGUAACUGCUUUGUUCCACGAUCCAAGCAUUGGUAAUGCGAUCCACAUUGUGUUGGUGCGGCUUAUUUUACUGGAAGAAGAAGAGGAAGACCUGAAGAUUAUACACCAUGGAGACCACACACUGGCCAGCUUCUGCAAAUGGCAAAAGAACAUGAACCCGAAGGGUGACUCCAGCCCACAUCACCACGACGUGGCUGUAUUGCUCACCAGGAAGGAUCUGUGCGCUGGAAUGAACCAUCCCUGUGAGACACUCGGCCUGUCUCACAUUUCAGGAAUAUGUCAACCGCAUAGAAGCUGCAACAUUAAUGAAGACUCUGGACUCCCACUGGCAUUUACAAUAGCGCACGAGCUCGGUCACAGCUUUGGUAUUCAGCACGAUGGGAUAGGGAACGACUGUGAAGUCUUUGGGAAGCACCACUACAUCAUGUCUCGGCAGCUCCAGUAUGAUCAUUCUCCUCUCACGUGGUCGUCCUGCAGUAAAGAUUACAUCACACGGUUUCUGGACCGAGGUUGGGGUUAUUGCCUCAAUGAUCCACCGACUGAAAAGGAUUUAAAGCUUCCAAUUGUUGCCCCUGGAGUCCUCUACGAUGUUCACCAUCAGUGCCAACUGCAGUACGGGCCCAACUCUACUUUCUGUGAUGAAAUGGAUAACAUUUGCCAGACUCUCUGGUGCUCUGUGAACGGCACGUGUCGCUCCAAGCUGGACGCUGCAGCAGAUGGGACCAGAUGUGGCGUAAACAAGUGGUGCUUUAAUGGCGAGUGUGUGACCGUUGGCAAUCGGCCGGACACGAUCGAUGGAGGAUGGGGGGCCUGGAGCAUCUGGGCCCACUGUACCCGCACGUGUGGAGCUGGGGUUCAAGCCGCGGAGAGGCAGUGCAGCAACCCAGUGCCCAGGUUUGGGGGGAAGUAUUGUAUCGGAAAACGCAGGCGCUAUCGCGUGUGUAACACUGAGGCAUGUCCUCCGGAUAAACCGUCUUUCCGGCAGAUGCAGUGCAGUGAGUUUGACAUGGUCCUGUACAAGAACUCGCUCUACACUUGGGUUCCAGUCUAUAAUACUGUUAAUCCCUGUGAGCUGCACUGCCGGCCCAUUGAAGGGGAAUUCUCCGAGAAGAUGCUGGAUGCGGUGAUUGACGGCACCUUGUGCUAUGAGAUUGCAAACAAAAGGGAUAUCUGCAUCAAUGGCAUAUGUAAGACGAUCGGAUGUGACUAUGAAAUAGAAUCCAAGGCAGCCGAGGAUCAAUGUGGUGUGUGCUUAGGGGACGGAUCUGCCUGUCAGACAGUGACGAAGACCUUUGAAGAGAGCGAAGGAUUAGGUUACGUGGAUGUGGGUCUGAUUCCAGAAGGAGCCCGGGAUAUCCGGGUGGAGGAGAUAGCCGAAGCUGGGAACUUCCUCGCUCUGAGAAGUGAAGAUCCUGAAAAGUAUUUCCUCAAUGGAGGAUUUGUUAUCCAGUGGAACGGAGACUACAAAGUGGCUGGAACCACGUUCAAGUACGAGAGAAAUGGGAAUCUGGAGAACCUGACCGCUCCAGGACCCACAAAAGAACCCGUUUGGAUUCAGUUGCUCUUUCAGGAGACAAACCCUGGAAUCAGGUACGAAUACACCAUCAAGAAAGACACCGAUGAAGAGAAUACGAUCAGACAGCUGGUGUUCUCCUGGGAGUAUGGACUAUGGACACGUUGCAGUGCCCUAUGUGGAACAGGUGUACGGCGACAGAUUGUUCGGUGUGUAGAAAAGACCAGCGGAGUGGUGGAAGACAGGUUCUGUAACCCGAGGAGUCGCCCUGACAACAAGCAACAGAAAUGCAAUGAACCGGAUUGUCCGGCCAGAUGGUGGGCUGGUGAGUGGCAGAAAUGCUCCAAAGCAUGUGGAUUUUCAGGUGUGAAGAAGCGAACGGUUCUCUGCAUCCAAACUGUGGGGCUGGAUGAGCAGGCACUUCCGGUGUCCGAGUGUAAACACCUCCCUCGGCCACGAGCUCAAUUACCCUGCAACAGAGAUAUCCUCUGCUCCUCCAACUGGACCGUGGGAAUUUGGGGUGAGUGCUCCGCUUCGUGUGGAGGUGGUUUUCGGACACGGACAGUAAACUGCACAAGGCCUGUCAAGGGGAGCUGUGUUCUUUCUAAAAAGCCGAACGCCAGAGGACUGUGCGCUUUGAGGACUUGUCCCACCAAAAAGAAGGUACUCUUGCCCCCCCAGAGACCCAAGUGGGGGAAGCCCCCCGACAAAAACGCCCCCGACAACAGCACUCAGCAGCCGGGUAACACUACUGUACAGCCAGAUAGCAGAACGACACCAACAAAGGUCCAAGACAACAAUUCCACUGGUGGGUGGAGGGCUCCUGAGCCAGUGAGCAUUGAGCCCACUGCAAUAGAAAGUGAGGGUAUGACAGGUCAGCCCAUUGAAGUCACCGCACAAUGGGACGGUGGACAGUUCCUGGUUACAGAGGUCGGAGUGACAGACAAUGGUCGGGACUACGGUAUUGAAGAACCCAGCACAAAGCCCGGCGACUCAGAGAAUCCAACGGUGACUGAGAAGCCAACUCUCGCGAGCACGGUGACUCCCGGCAGCCUGACGUUAGACAUUAGUGAUCCUUCGCCGGGGGACAUCCAGAGAAAGCCGGGGAUUUCCGGAGCAAAGACAGACCCGAAGGUUAAACCAGUUCCCGUACGUCUCCGAGAGAAACUUCAAGAUUUGCUGAACCCGGCCCGCUUCACCAACAACACCGGGGACACAAAUUCCUCUUCCGGGGCCAAAUCGCCAAACACCGCGAGCGUCACGCCUUUGCCAGGGAUCGCACUUCCCGAUCUGCUCGAGACUAACUCUCUCUCCUCCUCCGAAUCUCAGCCGACUGGGGGAAUACCGAACAAGGCCAGGGUGACUGAUCCCUUCAAUCUUACAGCGGAUUACAAUGGCUUUGAGACCGAAGGGAAUGAAGACGGAGUCUUUUGGAAAGUGGGAAACUGGAGUGAGUGUUCCACCACAUGUGGAGUAGGUGCUGUUUGGCGUCAUAUCGAGUGCAGCGCGGAGGGAGACUCGGGAUGUGAGAAGAUCAGGAAGCCCGACCCUGCUCGCAGGUGUUUUGUUCGCCCAUGUGCAACCUGGAAAAUAGGCAACUGGACCAAGUGCUCGGAGAGUUGUGGAACUGGUUCCAGGAUCCGCAGUGUGCAAUGUAACGACUCCCACAAGAAUAGACCGCUGCGACCUUUUCACUGCCAGCUGCUGGGAAGAAAGCCCGACACCAGCCUGGACUGCAACCUGGGGGCUUGUGUGGAAUGGAGGGUCUCUGCGUGGAGUGAGUGUUCAAAGACCUGUGGGAGCGGGAUUCAGGAGCGUCUGAUCUACUGCCCGGAAAAUGCCCUCUGCAGUCUGAAGGAGAAGCCUCCUCUUGCUAUGCCUUGCUCUGCUCAGCCGUGCACUGAAUGGUUGUCUGGUUCCUGGGGACAGUGCUCAGUGUCCUGUGGGGGAGGUUUACAGCACCGGCUGGUGAAGUGUGUGAGCAUGGGGUCAAAUCGGACAGAGCACGAACACAGUCAGUGCCAACACCUGCCACCUCCAGGUCUCAUUCAGAAGUGCAACGCUCACACGUGCGUGAGCAAUAAAGGUGCCCCCUGUGUAAGGGACAGGAUGUCGGCCAAAUUCUGCCUCACUCUGAAGAAGUUGGAUCGCUGUGUGGUGGCCACAAUAAGGACCCAGUGUUGUCAUACCUGCCAUGGGGUGAGCUCACUGGCAUCGAGAAGAGGCUUGCGACCAGCCUUCACCCGAAGACACAGCACCAGCUCCUGA